CCCGCUCUCACCACUCCCACCACCCAUAGCUGCAAUCGCAAUGCCUACUAAGCCUCUCGACGCAAAAACGGUGCUCGACAACGAUCCAUGGCUCGAGCCCAACGUCCCGGCGAUCAUCCACCGCCACGAUGCGUUCAGAAAAUGGAAGGACUCCAUCGAGCAAAAUGAAGGCGGCUACGAGCCAUUCACCAAGGGCUAUCUUAAGUUCGGUCUGAACGUCCGUGCAGAUGGUUCGGUUGUCUACCGAGAGUGGGCGCCGAACGCGAUAAAGGCGUCGUUGAUCGGUGACUUCAAUGAGUGGAACAGGGAGUCCCACCCCAUGGCUAAGGAUCACUUUGGCGUUUGGGAGAUUACUGUGCCUCCCAAGGCCCGAGGUGUCUGUGCGAUCCCGCACGAUUCCAAAAUCAAAAUCUCCAUGGUAAUCCCGGGCGGAGAGCGCAUUGAACGUCUCCCGGCAUGGAUCAAACGUGUCACUCAAGAUCUGUCCGUAUCUCCUGUGUACGAUGCACGUUUCUGGAACCCACCCCAGGCGGAACGCUACAAGUUCAAGAACGCGCGGCCUCCCAAGCCCAGGGGCGUGCGCAUCUACGAAGCGCAUGUGGGCAUCUCGACGCCCGAAUACAGGGUAGGGACGUACAAGGAGUUCACGACCAACAUGCUGCCCAGGAUCCGCGAUCUCGGAUACAAUGUCAUCCAGCUGAUGGCUAUCAUGGAACAUGCAUACUACGCCUCGUUCGGGUACCAGGUCACUAGCUUUUUCGCGGCGAGCUCUCGGUACGGAACGCCGGAAGAGCUCAAGGAGCUGAUAGAUACUGCUCACGGCAUGGGCAUCACCGUUCUUCUCGAUAUCGUGCACUCUCAUGCAUGCAAGAACGUGCUCGAUGGACUCAACCUCUUUGAUGGCACGGACCACCAAUACUUCCAUGAGGGAGGCAAGGGUCGCCAUGACCUCUGGGACAGUCGCCUGUUCAAUUAUGGCAGCUAUGAAGUCCUCCGGUUCCUCAUGAGCAACCUCCGCUUCUGGAUGGAUGAGUACAAGUUUGACGGAUUCCGCUUCGAUGGUGUGACCAGCAUGAUGUAUAUCCACCAUGGCAAUGGGGUUGGAUUCUCCGGCGGAUACCAUGAGUACUUCGGCGAACAGGCGGAUAUUGAGGCGAUCGUAUAUCUCAUGCUGGCCAACGAUGCCGUGCAUUCAAUAUUCCCGGACUGCAUCACGAUUGCCGAGGACGUCUCGGGAAUGCCCUUGCUAUGCAAACCUGUCUCGAAGGGUGGAGUCGGAUUCGACUACCGCUUGUCGAUGGCUAUUCCGGACAUGUGGAUCAAGCUGCUGAAGCACAAGACUGACGACGAGUGGAACAUGUCCAACAUUGUGCACACGCUGACUAACCGCCGUUAUGGCGAGAAGAGCAUUGCGUAUGCAGAGAGUCAUGACCAGGCGCUCGUCGGAGACAAGACGCUUGCAUUCUGGCUCAUGGACAAGGAAAUGUACACCAACAUGUCAGACCUGUCGGAGAUGACGCCGGUCAUCUCGCGUGGUAUUGCCUUGCACAAGAUGAUUCGACUUCUGGUCCAUUCGCUCGGCGGAGAGGGCUACCUGAAUUUUGAGGGUAACGAGUUUGGACAUCCGGAGUGGCUGGACUUCCCCCGCGAGGGCAAUGGGAACUCGUUCCACUACGCGCGCCGCCAGUGGAAUGUGGUCGACGACCCUAUUCUGCGUUACCGGUACCUCAACGAGUUCGACAAGGCGAUGAACCACACCGAAGCCAAGUAUGGCUGGCUCGCGGCAGAGCCCGCGUAUGUCUCGCUGAAGCACGAGGUGGACAAGGUGAUCGUGUACGAGCGCGCGGGGCUGCUGUUCGUGUUCAACUUCCACCCGACCAAGUCCUUCACGGACUACCGCGUCGGCGUGGAGGUGCCGGGCGAGUAUCAUGUCAUAUUGACGAGCGAUGAGCCGCGCUUUGGCGGAUUCGGUAAUGUGCAGCUCGGCGGACAGUACCUCACUACGCCCUUGGGGUGGAAUGGAAGGAGGAACUGGGUGCAGGUGUACAUCCCGACGCGCACUUGCGUCGUGCUCGCAAAAGACUAGAUACUGGGGCGGAGUAUGCAUGCUGGAACGAGGG